GUUCAUAUAAAAAGGAAAAGUCAUAUAGGAUCGCUGAUUACUUACUUACAGAGUCUAUAAUAAAAAGUUUAAAAUGAAAUACUUAGUUCUUCUCUUCGUUUGCAUUUUGGGUAUUUCCCAAAUGCAAUCAACUUUAGCUGAUGAAUGUCCACAAGUCUGCACUAUGGAAUAUAACCCAUUAUGCGUUAAAGACGUCUCCGGAGAAACCCAUACGUUUGCAAAUCCUUGCGAAUUGAGAUCAAAAACGUGUAACGAACCACAUAAAGGAUACACUUUAGUCAAAUUAGGAGAAUGUUAAAAAACAUCAAAAAAAUAAAUGCAUUUUUGAUUUUUUAA